ACGAAAAAAGGAAACUUUCAAUACACGGACCAAAAUGCUAGUGAAUUGCUAUUCAUUAUUAUUGUGAUAAUGAAAUAUGGAUAAUUUAGACUGAUAAUUGUGAAAUAUAGAGAAAAAAAUCAAAACAGUACAAAACGAAGAAAGAAGUAUAUAUUGAAUUUCAUCCAAACCAAUUAAAAUGCGAUAUGCGCAUGUGAGCUAAAAAAAACUGAAAAUGAAUGAAAAUUUGAGAAAUGUUAUAAUUUCAAUAAUUUUAUGUUUAUUUAUAAUAUUUGGAUACCUACAAAGAGAAAAUAUGUGGGAACAACAAUAUUUAAUUAACCAACAAUCAAAGCAUCCACCAAGAUUUGUUGGCAAUGAGAAACCUUGCACAAGUUCUCGGUGUAGAUCUGAACAUUUGACCUGUCCGUGUAAUAUCAACAAAACAAGUGCCCGUCCUGGUACCCGGUCUGACAAUACUACAGCUCUCAACAAGGCAUCCUUAUUGGAUUAUUUAAGGGAUAAUUUAACAUCAUAUUUUGACGAAAAGAAGAAUAAAAGACCAAAACCUGCCAUAUGUCCUUCAGAAAAUUCUCAUAAAUGGGAUUUCAAUUGCGUAUCGCAUUGUCCCGAUAUGCCACAUUUGAGUGCGACGUCUGAUCGUGCGCAGGUUUCUAUUAAAUGCAAGAAUAAACCAACCAUCAAAUUAGAGAACGUAAAACAAGUGACGCCAAUUCAAAGUUUUCCGGAAAAUUCCGAAUGUAUUUCGGAAUUUGUUAUGCAAAACUGUUACGAUGGCAACCCAGUGCCAAGUUUAGUUCAUUAUAUCUGGUUUUCCAAAAAAGAAAUGAAUUUUUAUCAUUUUCUUAGCUUUCUUAGUGCUAGUAAAUUUUUAAAACCAUGUUUAAUAAUGGUUCAUGGUGACUAUCUGCCAUUCGGAUUCUAUUGGGAUUAUCUAUUGAAUUUAGUGCCAAAUAUAAUUCACAUGCAAAGAAAUCCACCGGAAGAUGUAUUCGGAAUCCCUCUAGGCAAUAUAGAACAUAAAGCGGAUGUUGGCAGAAUACAGGCUUUACAAAGAUUUGGAGGAAUAUAUAUGGACACAGAUGAGAUUAUCCUCCGAUCAUUAGACAAUCUACGUAAAUACCCUUUUACCUUGAGUCAUGCGGUCGACCAUAAUCUCAGCAACGGACUUAUUCUCUCGGAGAAAAAUGCAGCUUUUUUGAGAAAAUGGUUUGCAGAAUAUAAAACCUACUCAAAAGUCCAAUGGGCAUAUCAUUCAACAAUUGUGCCAAAUUUGUUAUCUGAAAAAUACCCGGAUUUAAUCCAUGUUGAAAAUAAAACAUUUGUUCGACCUAAUUAUACGCAACUUCGGUUACUGUUUGAAAUGAAUUUUGAUUGGUCUAAAAAUUAUGCCAUUCAUUUAUAUAUACGUUUUUAUAAGUUUAUUCAUGAUUUUAAUGAUAUUAGAUCUUUGAAUACUACCAUUGGAUCCGUAGCUAGACAUGUACUGUACGGGAGUAAAGAACUGUGUGCGAAUUCAAUCAAUUAAAUGUAAUAAAACUGAUAUGUUU